AUGCUACGACGAGGGUUUGCUAGCAUGAAACAGGCCUCGACAACAACCCUCUUUAUGAGCUGUGGCACAUUGUACUUCAGGCAAAAAGGGGUGUAUGAGCCAAUAGGCGGCAGUGAGAGUGUGGGCCAGUACACGAUAUCCAUUGAGGCCGAUGAAAAGGAGAGCCCUUCUAGACGGUAUGCGAUUGUCGUGUACGAGGAAGACGAGGAGGUGCUGCGACAGUACAUCGGCAAUGGGCUCACUCUUGCGUACUCUUCAGUCUCUGUGCACUGGCCCGCUUCUAUUGACGGUGUAAUGCAAUACAUUGCGUUCCUGUUUGCGGAUGAUGAGCCGAAAGUGAAGGCUGCUCAGCAGCUAGAAAAAUUUGUUUUGCUGUACAAUCGUUGCACCUACGCCCUCCUGACGGAAACCUCCGUUGACAGCACCAUCUCAGACGAUGAGGAAUACAACUUUCUUUCGAACAUUGCGAUCUCGCGGUUGCCUGAAGACACGUAUGAGGAGCCCAUGUAUGAGCUGGACGUGUCACAUGAAUGUGCAAACCCCACUGGCAGGGGCAAUGUGUGCUACGCAGAAUCAAGACGAUUUAACAGGGCACUUGUGAUGCGUAAGGAGCGGAAUAAGAUUGAAUUUCAGGCGCAUGCUAUUGGUGCAGAUGGCUUUGAAGAGAAAGCUCCAGAAAAGUUUAAGUUGAAUAAUAUUUCUACGUGUGACAGUGCAUUGCUGGACGACACAGAGAAGAAGAUGUUGCUUCUCAGUGUGGAUGAGAAGCGACUCCAUGAGGUGGACAUGGAAUACGGCAAAGUUGUGCAGGACUAUGAACUGCCUGUCUCUGUGCGCUCGGUGACACACAGCGCCCACGUGGCUGGGCCGCAGCCUGUUUAUACCUGUCUUGCGGACAACGUCGCAUUCAACUUCGACUUGCGUAUGGACCCGCGGAAUAACGUUGUGAUGGAGGCUGGGAAGACGCUGUUGGAUUACAAACUGUCCAUCAAAAAACCAUUUACGUGUCAUGCAACUUCUGCUGCGGGCCAUCUUGUCAUUGGCGAUACUGCAGGAGCCAUUCGCCUGUACACUGGACCUCCUGGGAGCCGCCGACCGGAUGGAAAGUACAACCCGAAGUCAGCAAAGACGCUAUUAGAAACAAAAGUACCGAUUAUCUCUGUGGACGUAACAGCAGACGGGAAGUACGUGCUAGCUGUGUGUUCCAAGUACCUGCUACUUAUGCGAACGGUGUACAUGGAUGAUGACAGUACAACGAAAAAUGGAUUCUUGUCGCGAAUGGGCAAGAAAAAACCCACUCCAUUGAGACUUCAGCCAACCCCUCAGCAGCUAGACGCAAUUGGGGGAAUUGACGAUCUGAAUUUCACUUCUGGUGGAUUUGACCGGUUUGAGGAAGGUUGUGAGACCUGCAUCACAGCUUGCAGCCAUGAAUAUGUCUUUACGUGGAGUUUUGAGGCGGCGAAACGGGCAGUGGAGGACGGUCGCGCAUGCGUUGGAGAGACUGCAUUGGUCAAACGCGAGGUUCUCGCCGUUUCUGCGGCGGUGCCGGACAAGGUAAUGUAUAUGACGGACCGGGACAUUCGCAUUGCACCGCUGAGACGGCAGGAGCGGGUGGAAAAAGGUACUAAAGAAUAUCGGUACGUGUGA